GCCCUAUGUAAAUAAACUCUCUUGACAUAUCCUGUUGUAAUUUUCAUACAUGAUUACAAUCAGGCAGGCACUAUCAACCUGUCAAUCAGGCAAUCUUUUAUUCUCGUCAAUCAACAGGGUAGAGGAAAAGCUCCCAGUCUUUGGAUUGGUGGAGAAGAGACAUCUAGGGAAGUCAGAAGUGACACUUUGCACAGAAAAAUAGCAGAAGAGGAAAACGUCAGCAGCUGAGAAGAAACCCUGAUCUCACCCAGUGGAAUGAAUAAACACGUGGUAGGACUGCCUUGCCCUACCAAGUCAGAGCGACCUGGAGAGACAGCGCCGAAAGAGGAGACACUGCCUCCAGAAGUGUUUCCCAAAUCGCCAAGAACAGGAUCACCUAGAAGGUCCGGGCCCUCCCACAGAGUGAGAACACCAUCUUCUCCAGGGGCCGGUGACGCUGUCCCCGUAGCCUGGUGCCCCACUUCGGGAGCCACUAGCCUGCAGGUUGUAGAACCCGCAGCUGAAGCGCUGGCAAACACGAAGUAACUAAAGGGCUACAAGAGGCUCAGGUGCAGGAGAUGACAGCGAGAGGGACGCCGCCUGACCUGAACUACCCAUUUCUCGGCCGGCCCCACCGCCAGGCAGGGUGUGCGCAGACGCGAAGGUGGCCUUCACCAGACCUCCUGGGUCGAAUGAAGCGCCCUCUCCUGGAAGUCUCGGCUGGAGUCGGCCGGGACUGCAGCCCUAGCGCCGGCCCCUCUGGUGGGCGUGGCCACGAUGGCCGGCUGGCAGGCUGUCUCUUUUUCCCGGGGCGUGAUUGGUGAGCGCUUGCCGUGCGUGGUGACGUUGUGCCUGGCGGAGAGUUUCCGAGAGGAGCGCGGGAGUGAGGCUGAGACGAUGACAGAGGAGCUGGACCUCACGAGACAGGACUCCGAUGAGGGGAGUGAGGAACUGGUCCUGACGCCUGCGGAGCUCAUUGAGAGGCUGGAGCAGGCCUGGAUGAAUGAAAAAUUUGCCCCCGAGCUGCUAGAAAGCAAGCCUGAAAUUGUAGAAUGUGUCAUGGAACAGCUAGAUCAUAUGGAAGAAAAUCUCAAACGAGCCAAAAAGGAAGAUCUGAAAGUCAGCAUCCAUCAAAUGGAGAUGGAGAGGAUCCGCUAUGUCCUCAGCAGCUACUUGCGGUGUCGACUCAUGAAGAUAGAGAAGUUUUUCCCGCAUGUCCUUGAGAAGGAGAAGACACGCCCUGAAGGGGAGCCUUCCAGCCUCUCUCCAGAGGAGUUUGCCUUUGCCAAGGAGUUCAUGGCUCACACGGAGACCUAUCUGAAGAACGUCGCCUUAAAGCACAUGCCUCCAAACUUGCAGAAGGUAGACUUCCUAAGAGCAGUUCCCAAACCAGAUCUAGAUUCAUACGUGUUUCUAAGAGUGAAAGAACGACAAGAAAACAUACUGGUAGAACCUGAAGCAGAUGAGCAAAAGGACUACGUGAUUGACUUGGAGGAGGGCUCACAGCACCUGAUCCGGUACAGAACCAUUGCACCUCUCGUUGCCUCUGGAGCAGUGCACCUCAUUUGAAAAAUUAGCAAUAAGCAAGCAUGCAGAUGGACUCAGAGGAAAUAUCAGAAGCCCUUCCUCUGACUUUGGGCCUAAGAACAGUAAUGAAACCACCCUCCAGGCAGCAGACAGCAAUGCUGUGGACUGUUUCGGUGCUAGCAAGGAGCUGAGACUGGGCUCCUAACCUGCUGUGAGCACAUCUUGCUGCCUCGCCUCCUGCCUGCCGGCUCAGCCAUGGCAGCAGAAGGGGCCACUGCUCUGUCCUCACUGCACACCAGGCAGAUACCGAUUCUCAUUCUGCACACCUUUCCCUUGUGUUUUUUGAGCUCAGAAAAGUGAAGCAAAGAUAGCUCAAAAGAAACAUGCCUGUGAUUGUGGCAUUUGUUUAGUCCUAACCUAAUGUUAAUAGAGUUCAUUUAACCUUCUUGGUAGGAAGAUUGUAAAUAGAUUAAGGAAAACAGCUGUAGUCUGCUUCUACAAUACGUCGUUGCAUUAUGUGAACUAAUCUUUGGACUACCCUUUGGAAUAAUUGGACUGAAACCAGUUUCUAUCAGACUUAACUGAAAAGCACAGCUAAACCAGUAAUGCUGUGAUCAAAAUGCAGGUUGGUGGCAAAAGGGACCUAUGAAUGGCUCUCAGCUCGCAGUCUGGAAGCCGGUUCUCCCUGCUGCCAGCCUACAGCCCUAGUGGGUUCCUGGCAGCUCGGCCAGGCCAGCCUCCCACCAUUUGGCCAGCAUUGGCCCAGCUCCGUGAGCAGAGCAGCAUAGCUUUCCUGUAGUGUGACCUGGAAAAUCACUUUUGACAUGUUAGCUCUUCCCUUUCUCCAGGGAAAUGGAUGAAGUGUCCUCAUGUACAGGCAUUCUCACAGUGACACCCAAGGAAGAACAUUGGCAGGAAGUACUUACACAGAUGUGAAAAGAGCAGUUGCAGUCUGCUUCACGUGAAGUCAGCAGGUUUUCACUUUCCAUAUGUAGGCAAUGGAAUGUCAGUUGCUUCCAGGAGAAAGUAGGCAAAAGCAAGGGAGUUGUAGGGGAACAAAGCACUUGAUAUUUUUUUUUAUCAGUGCAUACCAGAAAUGUAUUUUUAUUUGAAAAAAAUUUAAUUUUUAGACAUUUUCAUAUAUAAACUUGAUUUUGUUUUUAUAUAGAAUAUAAAGAUUUCCAUCAUUAAUUUUCCAUGUGAAGGCCAGAAGGAAAAUGUGCUCUGCGCAUAAGUGUAUCUCAUCUGCGGCACAGAAAACAAGCAGUGUAGUGUUCCUAUACAUAAAUUAGAUCAAGUUACAGCUAUUCAUUAAGCAUGUCUGAGCAUACAGUAUGCCAGUUGCACAGUGCCAGAUGUGAGCUUAUAGCUCCCUGCUCAUCAUGUGGAUGUGCCUGCAGAGAAUUAGGAUAGGCACAAAGGGCUUAAAGUGGGCAGGAGAGGGAGUGGUGCAGGACAAGGUCUGCAGGCAGGCAGCUACAAUUCAGGAGGACUUUUAUUAAUAAAGACCCUGUCUGGUCGUCCCAGCACAUUGAAAAGUAGGCAGGUGGGCUGGGGGAUAGCUUAGACGUCUAAGCGCCUGCCUGGCAAGUACAAGGACCUGGAUUUGAUUCCCCAGUACCUCAUGCCAUGCUGCGCCAGAAUCCUGGGCACACCUUUCCAGCCCCCAAACAGCAUGGUGGUGGCUCUUGCCUGUGAUGCCAGCACUAGGGAGGCUGACAACGAGGAUCACUAUGAGUUCCAAGCUGCAUAGUAAGAUCCUGUACCAAAUAAAUAAAAGACUAAAAAAAAAAUUACAAGUAGGCAAGUGGUGGGAAACAAAGCAGAUGCUUACUGUGAAGUCUGAGGUCAGAGCCGAAGUCUUCCAUUAUACCAGGAAAGCAGGAUUGGGGGCCUCAGCUGUUGUCCAGGGAGCAAACCUUCAUAAGCACAUACAUCUGCUAAGAUGAUUUUGGGGGCUAGACCUACAGCCUAGUGGUUGAGGCUCUGGUUUCAAUCCUUAGCACCAAAAAGUGGAUUCUGACUUGGGAGGGCUGGAGCAGGACCUAUGCUCCCUGUACUUCUAGGGAGCUCUAGACUGAAUGGUCACUUUGACCAAAGUCAGGCCACAGAGCGGGGACAUUUCUCUGCUAACCCCGCAAGAUACAUUGCUCCAUUUCCUAAGUCACCUCUCCAUGAGAAGCUUGGCUUAGAUGUGUCAACCCUAAAUAAAGGGGAAGUUGGGUGUCAAAACCAAGAGGAAAAGGAAAUGAUGUAGCUCAGCUGACUGUGAUUUAGCUUAUUCAUGGUAUCUUGCUUUUAGAGUAACCUCCCCACAAAGCAAGACCACGUGUUCAUCAAGUAAUUACCUCAUCUACAAUAAACUUGAUCCUAUCGACACAGCUCUCACUGAAUACCUUUGAGUGCCUUCCUGGCUUCCCCUGCACACUGGUCACAUGACAGCUAUGUUCAUGCUAGUGCCCAGGCUUGGGAAACUUAGAGUGAAUUUUAAGCGAACAUACCACAUACUCUUUAUGUAAUUUUUCCAAGUAUUUAUCUUGGAAAGUUAAACAAUGUGGAACUCAAUACUUGAUUUUCUAAAUGUUUCUAACAAUUUGAAAUGUUUCAACAAUUUAUGAAAGCAGUUAUACCAUCAACAAAAAGUUUUCUGCCGUGUUGGGGGUAGAACCCAAACCAAAACAAAACCUUGUUUUUUAAAAGCAAAAUUAGUAUUUUUUCACAGAUUUGGUUCAGAUAAUUUGGCUGUUUU